ACCAACCGUCUUUGCCGUCUUUAUUAGUCAUCACAUAUCAAAAAAUCUCUGAAAUGUCUGGCCGAGGCAAGGGCGGAAAAGGCUUGGGGAAGGGCGGCGCCAAGAGGCACCGGAAAGUGUUGAGAGACAACAUCCAAGGAAUCACGAAGCCAGCUAUUCGGCGGUUAGCUCGCAGGGGAGGUGUCAAGCGCAUCAGCGGACUCAUCUACGAGGAGACGCGCGGCGUUCUUAAGAUCUUCCUGGAGAAUGUGAUUCGCGACGCCGUCACUUACACGGAGCACGCUCGCCGGAAAACGGUUACUGCAAUGGAUGUUGUUUAUGCUCUCAAGAGGCAGGGGCGAACUCUCUACGGAUUUGGUGGUUGAUAACUUAAUAUUUGACAGUAUGUAAGGUGUAGCGAUUGAAAUUAUGGUUUAGCUUUAGGAUCUAGAAAUUAAUGCCUAUUCUGAUCUCCAAUCUUAUGUUUUUGUUCAGUGUUCUGUAUCUUCUGCGAAGCUGUUGCUUAUGAAAUUUCAAUUUAUCUUUGAUA